AUGUCCCAGCAUGCUCUGCUCUGUUGUAAGGCAUGGCGGUCACUUUCAUGUCCCCGGUCAGAGCUUCGGCUGCAUCUCACUCUGGGAUGUGGACAGACUUUCCGAUGGUGUGAGACUGCAGAUGGUCACUGGACGGGAGUAAUGCGAGGAAAAGUGUGGACACUAACUCAAACAGAGGAUACAUUGUGGUACUAUGUUUACAGUCAUCAAAUAAAUCCAGGAACAGAAAACAGACAGAAAUGGAAGGUGGAAGAUGAGGAGCAGUUAUUGGGGAAGAUGUCAAGAAGAAAGAUUGACAUGAAGCAGGAAGAGGUGGGAUUGUGCACAGUGAUAUCAGAGCCUGACAACAAAGAGGGGGAACUUCUGAGGGACUAUUUCCAGUUUGGUGUUAAAUUAGGGGAUCUCUACAGCGACUGGAGCACCGUGGAUCCACACUUCAAACAUACAGCAAACAUCCAAACAGGAGUGCGUUUGUUGCAUCAAGACCCCGUGGAGUGUCUUUUCUCAUUCAUCUGUAGCUUGAAUAAUCACAUCUCACGGAUUCAGGGCAUGGUCGACAGACUGUGUCAGACUCUCGGGACUCUCCUCUGUAAGCUUGAUGACGUGGCCUAUCAUGAUUUUCCCCCUCUGGCUAUAAAUUAUGUGCAAUAUAAAUACUGGUAAAAAUAUUUGACUGGCCUCCAUGUUACACUAUACAGCUGUUUUUUGGGUGCUUUCUUCACAUUUGUAUUCACUUCAUAUUAUUUA